AUAGCAGUCUCUUUGGCGGCGCAGCCCCCUGCGCACCUCAAACCCGCAUUCGAGGGUCUACUACAAUUAAGCUGAAAGCAGACUUCCACGGCGAAGCGCAACAGCAGCCAGCAACACCUUGCGCAUGUCAUCGGAUCCGGCUCAAGCAGCGCAGCCAGGCUUGCGCUUCUACUUUCGAGUGCUGAGGGAAUCUGGUCUUGCCUAUCCUGGCAGCCUACUCCUAUCGCUCCUACUGGCCAAGCCGGCCGUCCUCUCGCCAGAUCUAUACGCUCGAGGCUUGCUGCCUUGCGUCAGCUGGCUCAUACUCAGACUUGCCGAUAGUAAGAGCAGCUUGCAAAGCCUCGUACCCCCCGCUCCAGCUCGUGCCGUCGACAUGAUGAUGUCGACGCCUCAGCAAGACGCACUGGCCUCAUCAGCAGAGACUCAUCAGUCGGACUCGCCGGAAAAAGCUCGCUUGCAAACCAGCACGCUUCCCCACAACAACCCGUUGCCGCCAGGGUACCAUAUGCUACGCUACGUAUACUCACGACUGUGUGGUGUACGUACGGUAUGGGCCGCCGCGCGCGCGUCAAGCACACCUGCGCAGUCAGAAUCACCCAGCUAUACAGAUCGCCCGCCACGCGUGGGAGCGGAAGCUGCAUCGCAUAUGCAUGUGCGCGCGCCCGCACGCACGCGUGUGGCGAUGACAAGCGCACGUUCGCGCACGUUGCCCUGAAACGGAGGGCGCUCGCCGCGCUCGCCCAGCCAACGUGCCAUCCUCAUCGCUGCUGAUGGAGGUUGCCAUCUGCGCUUCAUUCCUGCCCUUUUGAUCACACGAGUCAUCGUUC